UUUUUGUUGUUGUUGUUGUUUGUCAUGGUCAUUUUAUGAUGUUCUCAUGAGAAACACUACUACAGUUUACGUCCGGAGUCACGUAGCAACCGUUGCCAGGAAGUGACGCCAUGCAGUUACUAGGCACGUCUGGAUCAUGCUAACGGUCUAAAUCUGUAUGUAGCAAAGGUUUUAAUUUCAUCAUCGUCUUGGCGCGUAACAUCACGUUUGAAGAAAUUGAUGCAGUUCCACAGUGAAACACCAUUUUUUGUUGUCAGGAAAGGCUGACAUGUUCAACCCUGAUGAGCUAGAAGGUGAAGUGGAUCACUCGUUUUUCGACAGUGAUUGUGAAGCUAGUAGUAGAGAUGGAGGAAAAAAGGUAGAGAAAAGCUUGAAGACUAAGAAAAAAAAUCCAACAACAUAUAAUAAGAAUUUGGAUGAUGAUUCAUCCCCAAACACCGAAAGGAGGGAACAACCCUUUAGGGAAGUGGAGAACAGUAAGAGGAGCAGAGCAUCUGCUGUAACAUCUGUAUCCUGCCCUUCAGGAAAAGUCUUAAGUGAUAGCAGUGAGGAUGACUAUAAUGUGCUUUCGAAACGGUCCAGUGGAGGAUUCAUGGCUUUGUUGGUUGACACAAAAGAAGGAGAAGAUGUCUGCAACCCGAAUCCAAAUGAGUCUGGAGAUAAAGCGACAGCAUUCGGCUCCAGCUCAAAAAAGAAAAUUGUGCAAUCUCCUAGAAAACUUGUGAAAAGUCAGCACCACCGCACUCCUUCUCCUACUUCAAACGAGGCCAGCGCGGAUGCAGACUCUGAGGGCUCCGGCAGUAGUCAGAGCGGAAAUAUGGGGUCCUCUGCCCUCCAUAAACCCACCAAGUCUUCUUCAAAUCCAGCAGUAAGAAGGAACCGAGUGGGCUCAGCAGGAUCUCGGGAUUUGCUUUCCGCUAGUUCAGAUGAGUCUGACGAUUCAGUAACAGACGUGAGCCCCCUCUCCUCUCCGGAAUUCAGCCCCCUGCAGUCAUUGGAUCUCACCAACACAGAGGCCAAAGAAAGAAAUCGUGAAGAGCAUCAGCGGGAGAGUGUGCCCUCCAGUGGCCUUAGCAACAUCAAACAAGAGGAGGAUUCAGAUCAAGACCUUGAUGAUCGAUCUUUCAGUUUGGAAAGUGAGCUUGGGAGUAAACUGGUCUUCCAUGGUCCCGGAGGGAGAAACAGGAAGAACUAUUCGUUUUCAAACGAUGAGGUCUGGCGUAUAGAUCGAGAGAAUCAGCGUCUUCUCAGGGAGCUGUCGCGCCUUUCUCCAGGGCCCAGACCAGCAAGUGCAGUCGGGAAGAAAACACACGUUGCCAACAGCUCCCCUCUGGUUCGCCUGUCUCACAGCGCUCUCAACAGAAAACGGGAACAACAGCGCAUCGAGCGGGACAAUCUGGCUUUCCUUAAGAGACUGGAGUCUGUUAAGCCCACACAUGGCCUCAGGCGUUCGGAGCAACUGGCGGACUACCAGCGCCACGCUGGAUACCUGGGCGGCCCGUCCUAUCCCGUCUGCACAUCCUCAGCCAGGAAAGACAGGCUUAGUAGCAGGAAAUCCUCAGCAUCUGUAGAUUCCAGGUCCAUUGGCUCGAAAACAGUUUUCACUGACCCCGAAUCCAGCAGCACGCCGGUGCCCAGUUCUACUAAACUGAAUGCUGUCCGGCCAGCCUGGUGCUAGGAAACGCCACAGUUCAGCCGCAUCCAUUCCACCGACAAAUACAAGACUGGCUUCUGACGCAGAGGUCCGUUGGAUUCCAUCAAACACAAAAGUUUGAGUUUGAUAGCAUAGGAGAUAUUCCACACAUGGUUCCAGAGCUGACAGACGCUGCUCUUAAUGUCGUAUGUAAUCAUCAGGGGAGAUCCUCUUUCCUGAUACAGCCAAUGCUUUGGUAGAGAAGCUGUUCCCAUUAAGUGCAGUGGUCCAACAUGGCUUCCGUAAACAGCAGUAACUUUUCUGCACUUGAGCUGCAUUUAGUUGGCAUUGUUAAAUAUUUUCAGCACUUUACGCGUUUUGUAAAUGUCUUUCUUUUUUUCACAGUUGAAUGAUUUGUUCGCUUCUUGUAGAAUUAUGUUUUUGCAUCAGUAAAAAUUUUUUUAACGUAUUAUCGG